UCGUAGCGAAUAGUGGCUUAGCAAAAGCUCGAAGUAGCAGUUUGGAAAUACUGUGCAGUCUUGAAGUCGCAAAAAUAAACGGAAAUAAAAAAUGUCCAAAUAAAUUUCUUUAUCGCGGUUCCGGUCUAAGCUAAAAAGUGGGCGUUAUUUUAGUACCAAUUGAAUUUUUAAUAUUAUCAACGAAAAUAAAUAUUUAAAAAAUCAUAAACGCCCCCAAAGAAGAAUAAACCAGAGAUUAAUAAAAGUGCAAUAAAAGUAGCGUUCAAAGUAAGGGCGCGAUAGUGCAUUCAUAUAUGCACAUUACCAUUAUUAAAGUGAUUAAAAUAUUUUCUGGAAAUAAAUUGUAUAAUUAAAAUGCAAUUCUCUAAGUGGAUGAUGUUCAGAAUUAAGCGGAAUUCAAUUGUUUUGCUGCUAAUAAUCUUAUCAGCUUAUAAUUGCAAAACGGCCGUCGAUGCGUUCGACGAUGGAAAGUUACGUGUCUGCAUCGUCGAGUCCCGUGGCACAUACCGCAAGACCCCGAAGUUUUGCCCAAUUCUGGAGGCAACUAGUAAUAUAGAAUGCGUAAUUGGCAUCGAUCGUUUGGACUGUGUGCGACGGAUACACAAAGGUACCGCCCAUUUUGGUGUGCUCUCGGCAGAAGAGCUUAUUGCCGCACGUUGGGCCAGCGUCGAAAUUUUGGUCACAAGUGAGCUGCGUUCGCAUGACACCCAUUUCGAGUAUGAAAUCGUCGCUGUAGUGGACAACGAGGCAAAUAUACAUACAGCGCAUGAUCUGCGGGGUGCGAAACUUUGCCAUCCUGGUUAUGGAUUGGGUAAUCAUUGGACCGAUGUGUUAGCUAAUUACUUUGAGUCAACACUAAUUUCAAAAUCAUGUAACCCGGACAUAUCACUGACAGAGGAUCGCAUUAGCGCAUCGGCGAAAUUCUUUGGGCCCAGCUGCAAAGCCGGUCCAUGGGUGCCUAAUCCAACACAAGAUCGCGCUCUCAAAGACCGCUACCCGUCGCUGUGUCAACUCUGUUAUGACUCUUACCGCUGCGAUAUUGGCGACAAGCACUGGGGCCGUCGCGGCGCGCUUUAUUGUCUCACAAAUGGCGUUGGAAAUGUUGCUUGGGCGCGUCUGGAUGAUGUGCGCAGUCAUUUCGGCUUAACCGGUUUGCCAGCGCAGUCAGAUCCUUCCGAAUAUAGUUACCUUUGCGCUGAUGGACACCUACAGCCCAUUACCACUGAACGUCCCUGCGUUUGGGUCGCCAAGCCUUGGCCGGUAAUAGCUGCGCGACGCAGCCACGCUGCAUACGUACAAAAUCUAGUCGCCGGUUUGAACCAUGACAAUCCCAAUAGUUGGCAGAAUGCAUUGCUUAGUUUGUUGGAGAAUUAUCAUGUAGAAAUCGUCACCCUGGAUAAUGUCAUACCCAUCGAUGAUUACCUCGAUCAGGCACCCGCCUUUCAAAGCGCGUACAGUUUCCCUGAAUGCAACCCGCCACGCUCCAUCGUCUAUUGCACCACCUCGAUCAUUCAGCACAUCAAGUGUUCGUGGCUACAAGAAGUUUCGCAAGUUUACGGCGUCGAACCGAACAUUCAGUGCAUACGCGCCGAGAGCCUUGACUCAUGCAUGGACGAUGUGAAAUACAAGGCGGCCGAUGUGCUGAUGGUCGAUCACGAAAACCGCAUUAAGGCACAACGUGACUACAAUCUCGUGCCGAUACUUUACGAGUUCGCACAAGACAUGCACGAACGCUAUGCCAUAAUUGCGCUGGUGCAUAAAGAUUCUAAGUUUAAAUCGUUUGCUGAUCUCGAAGGCGCUAAAGCUUGCCUGCCCUCCUACGAGGGACCAGCGCAUUUGUCAGUGCAAGAUACAAUUGUAAAUGUCACAAAUCGCAUGGCAUCGCUGCAAUCGUUUUUCCAUGAAGACUCAUGCACUUGGCACCCGCAGGCCCCGCAUUCAUGCCCGGACAACUAUCGUGACAAUGAGGGCGCAUUGCGUUGCUUAGCCGAAGGUGGUGACGUUGCCUUUCUUAGUUCGGAUAUUUAUAAAAACUACACUGUGGGCAAUUUGACAUCGAAAUGGGUGCGCGAUACGGGGCACAAGUCUUUCCGCGUGUUGUGUCCCUACGGUUCUAAUGAACGCCACUCAAAAUUCGAAUACUGCUACAUGCAUUGGACCACUCGUGGUCAUCUGAUGACAUACAACACUUCGUUGGCACGACGCACUGAAAUCUACAACUCUUUGCGAGACAUCGAUCAACUCUUUGGUAAGAGCUACCGCCCGGAAACACGGCCAUUUACGAUGUAUGGCAUUUUCGAUACACGCAAUAAUAUUAUGUUCCGCGACAAGACGGAUGGCCUGCGGGGCUUAACCGACUUGAAAACAGACACUUCGCAACGCAUUAUGGAAGACAUAUUUGAGAAAUAUGCGAAAAAAUAUUACGUAGAUCCGAAUUCGAGCCCGUCUAUGAAGAGUUCCCUGGCUUUGGUUGUAAUUGUGGCACUAUUAGUUGUAAGGAGAAUAUGAAUUUGAGUGCGAAAAAUUAGAAAGGCAUAGAUGGAAUUGUUCUAUUCACAAAAAGUCAUUAAUUUUAUAUGCUCCAUAAAGUGAGAUGUGUUUUAAGUGUACUACUCAAAAAGUAUGCAAUUUUGUGAUAUUAUUUAUACUUUUCGUAUGUAUUUUAAUAAAAAACAGUUAUAUAAGUAUGUUUUAAUAUUUUCCUUAUG